UCUAGUCAGCUUGAAAUUAUUAGUUAUGGGGAAUAACCACUUGACAGGUAAUAACCCCACUGAUAUUGGCAAGCUUACAAGGCUUCGGAAGUUGCGUCUUUUUACCAACAAAUUAUCAGGGAGCAUUCCAUCCACUCUAGGAAAUUUAACGAUGCUAGAUACACUUGAAUUGCAAGGAAAUAAUCUUCAUGGUGACAUCCCUUCAAGCCUAGGGAAAUGCCAGAGCCUAUUGCAAUUGGAUAUUUCGCAAAAUAACCUCAAUGACACAAUACCUCAGCAAGUUUUUGAGCUCACCUCCUUAUCGCUUUCGUUCAACUUGUCUAGAAACCGCUUAACCGGUUCUCUUCCAUUGGAGAUCGGGAAAUUGAGCAGUUUAGGCAAAUUGGACUUCUCGGACAACUUCUUGUCAGGAGAACUUCCCAAUACUCUUGGAGGUUGUGUAGAUUUAGAAGUCCUACACUUUCAAGGCAACUUCUUCAACGGGACCAUUCCUUCUUCAUUGAGUUCAUUGAGAGGGAUUGAGGAUUUAGACCUUUCUCGCAACAAUUUGUCCGGCGAAAUUCCAAAGUUUUUGGAGGGCUUUGCUUUCUUGAAGAAUCUCAACCUAUUUUUCAAUCGACUUUCGGGAACAGUACCGAUUGAAGGUGUUUUCAAAAAUGCAACUGCAACUUCAAUUGUUGGAAACACCGGGCUCUGUAGCGAUAUUGGUAAUCUCCAACUUCCCAAGUGCAAGAAUAAGGGCAGAUUGUCUCCUAGAUUGAAACUAAUAAUCUCUUUUGUAGCUGGGUUUGCCUUUCUGGGAAUGGUUAUAGUGUUGUCAUUACUGUUUGUUCGUUCAUCAAGAAAGAAAGGGAAAGGAGCAGGUCCAAGUGCUUUGGGGAACUCUACUUUUCAAGUGUCAUAUAACGCCCUCUUGAAGGCUACUGAUGGGUUCUCCUCAACUAAUCUGAUUGGCAUGGGCAGCUUCGGGUCCGUGUAUAAAGGAGUUCUUGAUGAUGACAAUGGAACUCGUCAGCUUGUAGCGGUCAAGGUGUUUAACAUGUUACGCCAGGGAGCCUCUAAGAGUUUCAUAGCCGAAUGUGAGGCGAUGAGAAAUAUCAGACAUCGGAAUCUUGUCAAGGUUGUAACGGCUUGUUCAAGUGUGGACUUUUCUGGUAAUAAUUUCAAGGCUUUAGUUUAUGAGCUCGUGGACAAUGGGAGCUUAGAGGAGUGGUUGCAUCCAACAGCCGGAACACCCAAAAAUUUAAGUUUUCUUCAGAGGCUAGACAUUGCCAUUGAUGUUGCUUGUGCAUUGGAUUAUCUUCAUAAUCACUGCGAGGCACCAAUUGUCCAUUGUGAUCUCAAGCCUAGCAAUGUUCUUUUGGGAAACGACUUGACUGGACUUGUUUCUGAUUUUGGACUGGCAAGAUUUCUCUCAAACCUGACCAGUAGCGUUGCGGAAAGUCAGACAAGUUCCAUUGGAAUACGAGGAACGGUUGGUUAUGCUGCUCCAGAGUAUGGCAUGGGAAGCAAGAUUGCAACAUGUGGGGAUGUCUACAGCUUUGGUAUUCUCUUGUUAGAGAUGUUUACAGGGAAGAGACCCACCGACCCUAUGUUUAGUGACGGCUUGAACCUUCACAAUUUUGUAAAGAUGGAUUUGCCACAUCGAGUUGCAGAAAUUGCAGAUUCACUAUUCGACCCUAUUACUUCCAACCAAAGCAGCAUCAUCAGUGCUGAAAAAAUCCAAGUGUGUUUGAGUUCAAUAUUUAAUAUCGGAAUCUCGUGCUCUGAUGAAUCCCCGAGAGACCGAAAGGAUAUGAGUGAUGUUGUAACUGAGAUGCAAUCCAUCAGGGACCUUCUGUCCUCGGCCUGAAGCUUUUGUGAUGACCCCAAAUGAUAUCAAUGAUGUUGUAAUUGACAGUUGAAGUGUGAGUAAAUGAGGUAUUUUUUACAUUUCAAUUUGUUCAUUUGUGCAUUAAUGUGCAUCUUGGCAUCUAGGUUUGUCUCACUUUUUUUUUUCCCUAACUUUGUGGUGUUGCUCAACUUGUUUUGCAGGUUUAGACCUUUAGGUUUGGUUUUAGAGGAGUUAGGUUUCAUGUCCCCCCACUUUUCUUUGUAUCUCUCUUGUUUUCGUUUCUAGAAGGGUACGGUUUAUGUCCCUCAUUUUUUUUCGUGUAUUGUUUUUGUUAUCUCUAUUUUAUGAGGCGUAAGGUUUAUGUCCCGCCCUGACUAUGUGUAACUUCUUUUU